CCUUUGUUCGCAGUAAAUAUUCUAACGGACACAAUGGCUUGCAUUGAACCUAUAAACCUAAUGGACGGCCAAAUGAUCGCUCCUUGUAUAACACCAUGCAAGUCGAACUACCCAUUGGUGCGUUUAUAGCUGCAGCUCUUGUUCUCAUUCCUCUACCGUGGCAUUGGAGAGCCAAAAACGUUGCUACUCUUUCCAUGAUAGCUUGGCUCUUCAUUUCCAACAUCAUAUUUGCCAUCAACUCUGUCAUAUGGGCGGGAAAUAUUAUGAACGUUGCACCUGUAUGGUGUGAUAUUGCUACAAAGAUUCAAGUCGGGGCAAAUAUGGCGCUCCCGGCAUGUUGUUUGUGUACCUGCAUCCAGCUGGCACGCAUUGCGUCUGUACGCCAAGCUCAGUCAACUUACACAAACAAAUUGCGCAGAACGCUAGUCGAUACUGCGAUCUGCUGGCUUUUACCCAUAAUCUAUAUGGCGCUUCAUUAUAUCGUACAAGGUCACCGGUUUGAUAUAGUCGAAGAUUUUGGCUGUCGACCAACCAUCUACGUGUCCAUCGCUGCCAUCUGUAUGAUUUGGGUCCCCCCAAUAACCGUGGCUCUUCUGACAGUCGGCUAUGCUGGCGUCGCCCUAAUGUAUUUCUUCCGCCGUCGUAUUACUUUUGCGAAGCAACUUCGAGACUCCAAGACCGGCUUAACCACUUCACAGUAUUUUCGGUUGAUGGGCAUGGCCGUUGUCGAGAUGUUCUGGAGCUUACUCGUAACUUCAUUGAAUAUGUGGUUUACGUGCCAGCAUGGCCUGCGCCCUUGGAUAAGCUGGGAUAACGUCCACGACGGGUUUUCUCAAAUUGCGUACUUCCCUACAGUCAUUAUUCCACCCACCACACUCGCAUGGACUUACGCGCUUUGGUGGGUGGUACCGAUAUCUAGCGUUUUGUUUUUCGCGUUCUUUUCCUUUGGAGAGGAGGCAAUGAAGGAUUAUCGCAAGAGUCUUCAGUGGUUCCGCACUAUGGUCCUACGUCUACCACCACCCACCAAGCAUUAUCCCACUGUGUUAGGACCGCCAUCCUUUGCUCGGCUUCGUGGUUCGAUAAGUAGCCCAACUGUCCUACCAAUCUCAUAUGUCACAAAAUCCUCCAAAUCAGCCUCACGUAUCUCUUUCUCUGGGAAGACAUUGACGGUUCAUUGAUCGCCAAGCGUUCUUCAUAAUCAUUCCCAGCCACCCACACUACUCGCGCUUCCACUUUACAUUACUCUCGAGUAGACUCAUCUCCAUCUUCCAAUGCAUUUCGUCUGCGUGACAUUGAUGGACACCAUAUCGCUUCACGUACAUUCCCUUCCGAUUACAAGCACUACAAUCUAACCCUUUGUUUUCGUCGAUUUCCCUUUUUGCCACCACACGACCAUUAUUAGCACGGUUGGAUUACAAUGAAAUCAAUCCCCAACUUCCAUGUACUGUUCUAGUGGGAGGCGAAUACAAAAUCAUCUCUCCACAUUUC